AUGUGCAUAGCCAGCAGGGUGUCGGCAAUGUUGAGACGCAUCGCGAGCUGCAGCUGUAGCUGUGGGGGAGGGUCCAGCAGUGUUGUGGACGAGGAAGAGGACUUUGAUCUGGACUUCCCGACGAUGUCUCCCAAGCUAACCCUGACUCUGUCCAGGCAGGAGACGAGCAGAGGGGCGGCGUGCUCCGGCUCCGCUAGCGACAUGAGCUUGGACUCGCCGUUCCCUCCAAUGUCAGCUGAGCGACUGAAGCCGCAGCCCUUCCGGAGAAAGGACCCACCUAUGCACUUCCAGGCCAGCGUUCGAGGAGAUCGGCAGGAGCUCAACAAGUGGCUGAUUUCCGGGGGGGAUCCUAACUCGAGAGACGAAGAGGGAUGGGCGCUGCUGCACCACGCCAGCAUGCACGGCAGAGAGGGCUGCGUUGGACUUUUGCUGCGGUAUGGCGCGAGGCACGACAGGGUUGCCAUUGGAGGACACACAGUGCUUCAUCUCGCGAGCGCUAAUCGACAUUGCGAGGUCGUGAAGAGACUUGUUGAGGCGGGAGGGCGGGUUAACGCCAGGAAUUCGCAUGGCAACACCCCGGUACAUUCUGCAGCUGCCACGGGAACGGUCGAGGUGCUGUCGUACUUGCUGAGCCAGUCCGCGAACCCGGACGCGGUGAACUCGUUGGGAGAAACACCGGAGCAGGUUAGCGGGGCUACGGCGGAGGUGGUGCAUCUCCUUCAAGCGGCACGACGGCUGAAGAAGGCCCGCAUCGCCCAGCGGUUCGCGCUGGUUAAGAUCCACUGUCUGUCGAACAGCGGUCGGGCGAAGCCCAACAUUGGGGUGGUGAUUUCCGCAGCGGAGGCGGCGAAUGAUGACAGCAGGUACAGGGAGCGCCAAGCACGAACGGCAGGAGAGAAGAAGGCCGUCGAAGAUGCUACCGGGGGGGGGUCAGCAUCGCCGGAGGUGGCAUCGACGUCACGCGUGCUGGGUGGCGACGAACCAAGCGUUGGGCAGCAGCAGCAGCAGCCAAGGCCAUCGCUGGAUUGCACUGUAGCCGCCAUCGCCGGCCUUCCGCAAGAAGUCCUGCGGCGAAUAGUUGGUUAUUGCACUUUGUAAGGUGUGGCAGCGGCAGAGAGCAGGGGGGGGGGGGUACGUUUGCUGUGGCUCGCUUCUACGAGAGAGAAUUGAGAAGCGCAUCUGGCUUCCGCUUGCAAAGCGAACAGCGUGAUGUGGUAGCAGCGGUGAUACCUCUGACUGAACCAGCUUUCUCUCUGCUAAUGUGGUGGUCCUGGCUGCUGCUGGCAUGCAGCGCAAUGCAAUGCAAUGCAAGGACUUGUCUCACACCUGAGGGCGGCAGUGCCGUUGCGAAGGGGGGGAGAUGCAGGAUUUUUCGCCUUCAAACCGUCGGCAAAGUACGUGGUUAGGCUAGGUUUCCAAAGCAAGCUAGCUCCUGCGGGAACUAUUUGUAAAAGACCAGGAGCUCUUGUCACUGUCAUCACACCGAAUUGUUAAGUUCUUCUGUUUGGCGUUCUGUUUGUGCCUUUUGUUCGAGGGGGUGUUGUGGAGACAAUCGCAUGUUUGUACGUGGCGGAGCGGGGAGCGGUGGUGCAGUUUUGGGUCUCGAGUUUCUCUUGACAGCGAUCCUUCGAAGCUUUUAGUCUACACCAGGUGACAUUGUUAAUGUUGGCCCAUCACGCCAUGUGGGCCGCGAUCGUGUAUUCCCUGCGCAUGUCCGGCCGGCGAGCAUGAAAAAGAAGAAAUGCGUACGCAGAGGCGGGCGCGGGGAAAGAGCAUAGUACAUGUUGGAGCUCGGUAGGAUGGUGGUAGUAGAGGAAGAGGAUAUGGUUGGUGAGGGGACAGGGCAAGGCGUUGGGAGUUGUAUGCGAAGAUGGUAAACGCUACUAUUUUAAGGUUAUAGGGUGCAGGCUGUCUUUCUUUUCCUUGCCCUUUGCCUUGGAGGUGGAGGGGUACCGAAUAUGGUAUGGUGCGUCCUGAAGACCUGUACUUUAUUUAGUUUAGGAGUGGACUUUUGUUUUGUGCGGAGGGGCAAGGGAAGGGAGGGAAAGCAGACGGGUUUGUGCCGAGAGGUAGCAUACUGUGCCACGGCUAGACGUGACGACAAUUUACGCAGCAACUUGCAGUUCAGUGCCGUUCAGGUCUGUUAUGUCCUUCGGAAUACGGGUCAUGCGUGCUUGACUUGGCUUGUAGAAAACGGGGGACACGAUUGGCAGUGCGUUGGCGGCGAUCGCAACUAACCGCCGCGAAUCACUUUCCUGUGUGCUUUUCUUUUGUUUUGCGUUGUGCAUGGCAUGCAGAUAGAUCGAUCGCCUCACGCAGAUCAUAAUCAAACAUACAAGACGGGCAGAUCAAUCGUACCGUCUCCGGCUGGGUGCCCGGUUGUUUUGGGUGGUGGGUGUCAUAGUCCAUAGUCUAUAUGUAAUGCACAGACCGGCCGGCGUUGGGUGUUGUGUGUUGGCGUGUCUUGUGCGGUGACGGCGAUGUGUUGUGGUGUGGCCGACUGACUGACUUGGGAUUCUCGAAUGUUGACCCGGGGUGGCGGAUGCCGCCAUCGCUCCUACCGUCUCGCAAGUAUUGUAGUCUACUCGUUUUGGUUGUGUUUUCUUUGUUGAUGCCGCACGCCGCCCAUCAGCGGCGUUGCAAUUUGUUUUUGUUUCUUUUUCCCCUGGUACUCCGCCCGGCCUGUCGGACGUUGACUCGUUGUACAUGAGAGUGUGUUAAUCCUUGGUUCCCACGAGUACAGCCGAGCAUCAGUGCGGUAUAGUGCAGUGUCUUCGUACUUCUCGAGAGGGGGUGCGCUUUGUGGGGGCUUCUCAUGAUGUCUUUAGGGGUAUAGUUACGUCAUCAACGCAUUGUCAUUAUUGUUCUCCUGUUUUCACGCCGUUGCGUUUUUCCUUGUUUAUUAGGUGGGGGGGCUCCAGAUGAGAGCACGGGUUGCGAGCGAAAACCUCAAAAGCAGCAGGGGUGGGAAAGUGGGCCAAGUGUUUGGCCUACCCAGGUACCGACCGCAAAAGCAAAGGAAGGUUAAAGGUGUCUCGGAAACCGCUUGGUGGCAAGUGCGUGACUCCCUCACUCGUGUUUCCCGCAAAACGGUCUCUCUCAUUGACGGCUUGCAGUCGUCGUAGACUGCGCUGUCUGCGGGCCUGAAACCCUGCGCCGGUUUUGGUUGUGUCGAGGCUGGCCGGGCUUUGAUUUUCUUGAGUUCGCUUUUCCUACGUUCUGCUUCAUCGUGUACCUACAAUAGUUAGCUGGUUUUACGCAGAACGGGAUGUGGGUGCGGAAAUUGUUUGUGGCUUGUUACCAAGUAUAUGUUGCCAGCUACAGUUCUUGGUAUGAUUACUAAACUUGUAUGCACCACAGGUAAGUAUAGUCUAUUUUUGUAGGUCGUGUGUGGUCGUGUUCGCAUUUCAAGGAUCAAGGAUGAGCCUUGUUUCCUUCCAAAGGUGUCUUUUUUCCCAUGCGAAGUUUGCGGUGUCAGCGUGAGGUACAAUAAUCGACAAUUUAACUCAUC